CGAGCAAAAUGGGGAAAGAGGUUGAGUUGAAAUUCAUUUUUUGAUUGUUGAUUUUAAAUGAAUCUAAUUGUUUGUUGAACACUUUGUGUGUAUUAUUUAAUUUUAGUAAUUUUAAUCAAUUUACAAUUAAAUGUCUUUUCAAGCUCCUAAUCCACGCCAAGCUGUCGACCGAGUUAGACUACUGGAAGAUGUUCAAAAAAAGCAACAAUUAUUGAAACAAAAUCAAUUGUCUGGAACCUCAUCGGUAACCAAUAAUCCUGGAACUAAUCAAGCUUUCAUCGAUACAAAUUAUUCAAUUAAUACAAUUAACAGUAAUAAUAUGAAUCCAGUUAGUAGUGGCAGUAAUAAUAGUCAACGAGAAAGAACCGCUUUACAUCAUGCACAUCAGAACAGCUUUGGUUAUUUUAUUACACAAGAUUCAGCCUUUGGAAAUUUAAUUCUACCUGUUUUACCAAGAAUAACUUGAUCAUCAUGAUUGUCUAACUGUUCAUGGACUAUCUCUCUCUCUCUCUAUCUCUAUCUUUUCACUUGUCUAGGAUAAUUAUUUGCUUCUUCCUCUUCUAUUAGUACAUUUCCUAUUCUACUCUUUUUUUUCUCUUCUUGGCCUCAUUAAUCUCGCACAUUAUCAAUUCAUUUUAGCGCUUUAAUAGCUUUUACCUUUUGGAGUUCUAUCUAUCAUAUCAUAUUUCUUCUCAUCCUUUACUUUAAUUCAUCAUUUUAAAACCAUUCUCUAUACCUGUGCAUAUGAAAAAGAAAAGCUUGAGGAGCUUUUAUCCCUUUUUCUUUUAGUUUUUUUUUCUUUAAGUGUCCUGUCUCUUUUGGAUUACUAAUUGUGACAUUUCUGUGAUAUUUUUAAGAACAAUUUUACACCCAACUUGACCUCUAAUAUAUUUAUAAAUAGAUUCAAUGUCCUAUUUACUUAGAUGAUACUCAACAUAAUUGUCAUUCCCGUAAAUAUUACAUCAACAAUGACGAAUGAGAAUCGAUGAAAUAAUAAAGAAAUCCAUAUAUUUCUCUGCGAAAA